GCCGAGCCCCGCCGUCUGCGGAGGCGCCGUCGCGACCGGCGGCGGGGAGGGGGGCCGCCCUCAGGAAGACGCCGGAGCCGCGGCCCCGGCAGCCAUGGCUGCGGCGGUGCGCGCGGCGGGCCGUCUCCCGGCGCUCUGCGGCGCGCGCGCGGGUCACAUCUGGUCUAGGCCGCGCUCCCUAAGCACCUUUCCAGCAGCUUCCAUCUUGGCACUGAAGACGACUCUCAGCAAUAGCCCUUGGUCGUCACCGGGAACCAGAGACAACCAUCAGUUCAGCAGCUUGAGCUAUGUGCUGCAGACACAGUGCUGUAUUUCUCCUCCCAGCAACUGCAUGGGCUACCAGUAUAGGCCCUACAGUUUCUUCACUAAGUUGACGGCAGAUGAGCUAUGGAAAGGUGCUUUAGCAGAGACUGGUGCUGGAGCAAGAAAAGGAAGAGGCAAGAGAACUAAGAAAAAGAGAAGAAAGGAUUUGAACAGGGGUCAGAUCAUCGGUGAAGGACGUUAUGGUUUCCUCUGGCCUGGUCUGAAUGUUCCCCUUAUGAAAAAUGGAGAAGUACAGACCUUUGCCCAGAGAAGCAAGGAAGAGCAGGAGAAGGUCGAAGCUAACAUGAUCAAACAGAGAGAAGAGUGGGACCGGAAGAGGAAGAUAAAAGUGAAACGAGAUCGAGGCUGGAGUGGAAACACGUGGGGAGGCGUCAGCCUUGGUCCCCCUGACCCUGGUCCUGAAGGAGAAACGUAUGAAGAUUUUGAUACCAGGGUACUUGAGGUAAAAAAUGUCUUUAAUAUGACAGCGAACGAAGGAAGAAAGAAGUCGGUCCGAGUCCUGGUUGUUGUGGGGAAUGGAAAAGGAGCUGCAGGUUUUGCUGUUGGGAAAGCUGCUGACCGGAUGGACGCUUUCAGGAAGGCAAAGAACAGAGCAAUUCACUAUUUACAUUUCGUAGAACGAUAUGAAGACCACACAAUAUUUCAUGAUAUUUCACUAAGAUUUAAAAGAACACAUAUCAAGAUGAAGAAACAACCCAGAGGCUAUGGCCUCCGCUGCCACCGGGCCAUCAUCACCAUCUGCCGGCUCAUUGGCAUCAAGGACAUGUAUGCGAAGGUGUCUGGGUCCCUCAACAUGCUCAACCUCACCCGGGGCCUCUUCCAUGGGCUCACCCACCAGGAAACCCAUCAACAGCUGGCUGACAAGAAGGGUCUCCACGUGGUGGAGUUUCGGGAGGAAUGCGGCCCUCUGCCCAUCGUGGUGGCGUCCCCGAGCGGGGCCUUGAGAACGGAUCCGGAGCCCGAGAGUGAGGUUCCCGACAUCAAGCUGGACUGGCAAGACGUGAAGGCCAUGCAGGGGAUGAAGCAGUCUAUCUGGGCAAGUUUAAAGAGGCCGGCCACGUAGCCUUCCCGCGGCCACUGGCACCCGCUAGCAUGCCCCCUCCACCUUCCUUUUUUUUUUUUUUUUUAAAGGAAA